UCUUAACGUGUAGCAGUAAGGUUAAGGCAGAGACAGUAAGACGAAGCAGAAACUGGGAAAGUGCUAGCAAGGGAAUCGCCGUCCCUAAGUACUUCCCUCCCCCUCUUUCGAAACGGGAGACUUUCCCCCCUGCGGAUCAGAGCGCAGCAAAGAAAUCGAGCCCGCGGGAACCUCUCGGCUGACACAAGCAGGGUGGGAGGAAUGCGAUUUCUGGCCAAUCAGCACCGUCUUUGUCUUCGCGUGAGGAAGAGCGAGAGGGCCAAUGGGAAAGCGGUGGCGCGGCUCCACCACCGCUCUUCACUUUGCCGAGUAGUUGCUGAUGCAGGGAUGGGAAUCCGGCCGUGAGCGGCCUUUCACAGUCGCCGGCGGCUCCCCCCCCCCCUUCGCGUCAUGCUCAUCACGCUCUGCUACUUAUACCUGUGGGCGCGCUGGGGGCCUUGUUCCGCUGGGCUCAUCCGGCGCACAGUGCGCCGGCUGUACCGAACCAAGUGUUCGUUUACCUUCUGCUCUUCCUCCGGCUGCGGCUCCUCCUUCUCCAGCUUCGGGUGUACUCGCUUCACGUUGCAUCAGCAGGCCCCCCACCUUCCGCUUUGCAAACGGGAGGCGCCCGGCUUCUCCGACGAGAUAAUUUGCCUCAGGGUGGGCGACAAGGUUUUCUUCACUGGCGAGACUCAGUCCCUUGAUGAUUUAAACAAAUGGACAUUAUUUAUUGUAUCACAUUUUAGUUAUUUGGAACAACUAGUUGAAGAUGAACAUAUUACAUUUGUAACUGAAGGUAUUUUCAUUCAAACAAGUAGUUCACAAGCUGUAACUUGCUCAGCAAAAAAGAUUGUGAAAUGGUCAGAUUUUUGUUCUCCUUUGGCCUUUAAAACUGGAAAGCCUUACAUAUUAUUUGCUGAAGCCAGCAUAGAUAAUUUUAGUAGCCUUGGGAUAGCAUUCUUAGAAGACAGACUCCAAAUGGAUAAUGGGAUGGUGCCUCAAAAAAUUGUCUCUGUGAACCUGAAGAAGUCGGCCUUGAAAGAAUUAAAACUGGCUCCAGGUACCAAAGAGGAGAAGAAGGCUGGUCAGAUACAGACCAGUGAACUGUCACAGGACUCACUUUUUGAAAAUAUUGAUAAAUCUCAGGUGGAAACUGCUGAUAGUGCAGGAAGUGGUGAUCAAGAAAUGAACCAAGAGAAAUGCAAACUGCAGAAAACAAAUGGAUAUCAUGAGGAACUUGAACAAUUAUCUGAAAAGGAAGGGGAUACUUCAGAACAUCAUCACCUGCAUCUUUCAAGCUGCCAUGAAUGUUUGGAACUGGAGAACAGUACAAUUGAGUCGGUUAAAUUUGCCUCAGCAGAAAACAUUCCAGAUCUUCCGGAUGAUUAUAGUGGCAGUGUAGAAGAAGUUAGUGGUGACAAUAUAACAGGAAAUAUGCAAAGAGUAAACUUGACUGGAAAGCCUCCUAAUAUUUUAAUUUAUCUUGGCUCUGAUUCUAAAAAAGUGAAAUUUGAAGAAAUAAAAUCAGUCAUAAUGGAUUGUGUUGAUAUUAAUGCUUACACCAUUUACCAGUUGUUAGAGAAACAAGUUCUGACUGUUCCUUGGGUUGACAAUGCAUUGCUUCUGAUCAUUGCUGAAUCAGAACCCAUUUCAGAUGCUGUGUCUAAACAAUUUCUAGCUUUCAUGUCAAAGGGUGGGAAGAUUUUGGGACUUUCUGCCUCUUUCACAUUUGGCGGUGUAAAACUAAAAAGUAAGAAUGAAAUAAGGGACACGAUACAAACAUUAGUUUUUUCAAAAGAUAAGAACAAUGAAAUUAAAUUAAAUGCUCUAGCUAGUGGGAAAAUUUUUGAGGUGGACAUUUCAGAAAAACUUAAUCCCAUAAAGCCACUUGGUUAUUUUGACAGUCUGGAUAAAGAUAUGAUGAUUGUUCAUUUAUCAUAUGGAAAUAAUGGAGGAGAAGCAAUUCUUUCUCAGGCACAUUUGGAAGUAAAUAUCAAAAGUUUAUGUCGACCUAAGGAAGACUUCAGUCUGCUCAAAAUAAGCAACACCAGAAGAUACGAUGUACUUGUUGAAAUCCUGAAGCUAUUGGGGUUGAGCUGUGAAUUAAGUACUAUUCCUUCUUUAACACCUCUUUAUCUGCUCUCAUCUGAUAAGAUUCUCCACAAUACUUUUUUAGAAUUGCUCAGAAGAAAUAUGAUCACAGAAGGAUUAAUCACAUCCAGCAAGGUGUCUCUUAAGUUUGUAUCAUCUUGCACUGAAAAUAUGGAAAUAACACCUUUGCUCAUUCCAGUAGUUACUGAUACGGAAGCAUUCUCAUCUGAAAACUUUAGUUUUGAGAGAUAUAAACAAAACCUUGAUACCAGAAUCUUGGGGAAAAUAGUCUUGUUUUCUGAAGUUACAUCGACUACAAUGAAUCUUCUUGAUGGAUUGAUGUACAAGACGCCACAGGAAAUGGGUCUUAUAGCAAUUGCAGCUCAACAAAUUCAGGGAAAGGGACGAGGUGGAAAUACCUGGUUGAGUCCUGUGGGAACUGCUCUAUCAACUUUGCAUGUUAUCAUUCCUUUUACUUCAAAAUUGGGUCAAAGGAUUCCAUUUAUUCAACAUUUGGUGUCUCUAGCAAUUGUGGAAGCUGUUAGAUCCAUACCUGGAUAUCAGGAAAUAGAUCUUCGGUUGAAAUGGCCAAAUGAUAUAUACUACAGUGACCUUAUGAAACUUGGUGGUGUUUUAGUAAAUUCCACAUUAACAGGAGAUACGUUCCAUAUACUUAUUGGAUUUGGAUUUAAUGUUAACAAUAGCAACCCAACUGUAUGUAUCAAUGAUCUCAUUAUGGAGUAUAAUAAGACAAUGAAUACAACUUUAGAGCCGUUAAAUGGUGACUGCCUGAUUGCAAGAAGUGUAACCAUAUUGGAAAAUCUGAUCAACAUCUUUCAGGAGAAGGGACCAAAUGGAAUUCUUCCCAUGUACUAUAAAUACUGGGUGCAUAGUGGUAAGCAAGUCCGACUCGGAAAUGAUGAGGGACCAUUGGUAUGGAUUGUUGGGGUAGAUGAUUCUGGAUUCCUUCAAGUUUAUGAGGAAGGCAAAGAUGUUAUCACUGUGCACCCAGAUGGGAAUUCUUUUGAUAUGCUAAGAAAUCUUAUAAUUCCUAAACAAUAGUUUUUUAUAUGGUAAAACAAUCAUUCACUUAGCAGACUGUUUUGUAUUCAGCACUUAUUAUGAGUGCUUAGUAGAGGCAGUAACAACAUUUUUCUUCUUUUUAAGAAGCAGGAAAAUAACAAUAGUACUGUAUGUAUCAAGCAAAAGAAAUAAUUUUGCAUAACUAUUUUUUUGUUAGGUUCUCUUCUUAGUAAGCGGAGAUGGUAUUUGGAAAUUUUUCCUGUUUCUCUUCUUUUCUUUCAGGAUUGUGUACAAAUGUGAAAAAAGCAUUGCAAUAAGUAUUAAAAUCAAUAAUAUCUAAUUUUUGAGAUGGAUCAUUUGGAAUUUUCCAAAAGAAACUGUUAUGUUACGAUGUAUAUUCUCCAAACUUCUGCUUAUAGUAAUUGUUAACACUAAUAAUCAUGCAAUUUUGUGUUAUUUCUGUUUUUUACAAGGAAAAGUUUUUCAACAAAUAUUAAAAUAGUAAUACAUUAUCUGGUUUUAAUUAAGUAGUAGAUGGUUAUAUUACUUUUCAAACUUGAAUAAAUGAUCAAAAGUGAACAUAGCUUUCUGAAAGGGAAUUGCCUAGGCUGUACUGGAGCCUAAGCUUUCCAUAACUUUUUGUACAUUCAAGUUUUAAAGCUAAACAUUAGAGGUAGAAUUACCACUAAUUUAACAGAACACUAUAGGUUCUUUUUGUUGCCCAUUAUUUUCUGGCUUCUUUUCUUUAGGUCAGCUUAGAGUAAAAACUAGUCUGGGCAAAUAGGAUUAACUUAUUAAUAUUUUUAAGACUCUCUUCAGUCACAGUAGUUAACAGAACCAAUAUUGCAACAGAAUUUGCUGUAGCUUACUUUGCAUCAUUUCUCCUUUACUCAGUAAGAUUCUGCUGAUCGUCUUUGAUGCUAUUUUCAAAUCCAAAUAAAGAUGUGAUAUUUUCAUCCUCAAAGAUUCUUUUCAAAAAUCUCGAUGCAUAAUGUGCUUUUAGGGAUUGAUUUUGGUUUUGUAAUUUACACAAAUACCCAAUCUAAAAUUUUAAAACAAUUUCAAAUUGCUAGGGAAUUGAGUUAGCAUGCCCUCUUUAUUAACACUGUAGGCUUUAAAAUACUCUCCUUUUGUUCAGAAAGUUCUCCCCCACCCAGACAUGCAGAUUUAGCAGAACUGUCUAAGAUUCACUUUAAAAAGAACCUAAAAAUACGUUUAUUGGCUUCAUUAUGAAUCCAAGAAGGCCUAAACAAGCAAGCAAGCAUGCUGAUCUGUAAUGAAGGAUAAAUGGUGUCUUUACAUUUUGGAGACUGGAUAAUUUGUCUAUGUAUUAUUGGAUAUUAAAUUGCCCUUUCAUUGAAGAUGAAGAUUUUGACUUUCGAUACGUAAUGCUUUCCAUACUGAUAUUGACAAUUGUUUAAACUUCAUUUUGCUUAGUGCAUUUCUAACAUUUUUUAAAAGAAUAAAAUAAUUGCAUUAAUUUAUGUGGUUU